CUAGCUCCGCCCCUGGGAGGGCACUUCCGGCGCAGCGGAACUCCGGGUGCCGGGUGAGGUUGCGGGCGGAUCGGCUCUGCAGUCUCGGACAAGGACCCAUGAGUGCGGCGCCCCUGGUGGGCUACAGUAGCAGCGGCUCCGAGGAUGAAUCCGAGGCUGGAGUGCAGACCAGGCCGGGGUCUGGGGACUGCCGUCGUGGCCAGAGCCCCCUUCCCAGUCAGAGGUUUCCAGUACCUGACAGUGUACUGAACAUGUUCCCGGGCACCGAGGAGGAGCCUGAAGAUGACAGCACAAAACACGGGGGACGAGUGCGCACCUUCCCCCAUGAGCGGGGCAACUGGGCCACCCACGUCUACAUACCAUAUGAAGCCAAGGAGGAGUUCCUGGAUCUGCUUGACGUGCUGCUGCCCCACGCCCAGACGUACGUGCCCCGGCUGGUGAGGAUGGAGGCCUUCCACCUCAGCCUGUCCCAAAGCGUGGUUCUGCGCCACCACUGGAUCCUCCCCUUCGUGCAGGCUCUGAAAGAGCGCAUGGCCUCCUUCCAGAGAUUCUUCUUUACUGCCAACCGGGUAAAGAUUUAUACCAAUCAAGAGAAAACCAGGACCUUUGUUGGGCUAGAGGUCACCUCAGGGCAUGCCCAGUUCCUGGACCUGGUUUCAGAGGUGGACAGAGUCAUGGAGGAGUUCAGCCUUACCACUUUCUACCAGGACCCUUCGUUCCACAUCAGCCUGGCCUGGUGUGUGGGUGACGCACGUCUCCAGCUGGAAGGGCAGUGCCUGCGGCAACUACAGGAAAUGGUGGAUGAGUUUGAAGAUGCUGAGAUGCUGCUGCGUGUGCACACUGAGCAUGUCCGCUGCAAGUCUGGGAACAAGUUCUUCUCCAUGCCUUUGAAGUGAGCACCAGAGGCCCCUCUGCAGGCCAGGCAGAGGUGGAGCAGCAGACUAGAACCACCUGGGAUGCUUCCAGCCUCCUGCUAGGAGGCCCCAGCCCUGCCUUCAGCCUGGCAGGAGGUGUAGCCACUCCUCAUCCUCCCUGGGGGCUCCUUCUCUCUCUCUCCUGGCCCUUCUGGGUUGCAGGUUGAGAGCUGCUGUGUUGUGGUCAUUCCCACAAAUUGCCAGUAGAGGGCAGCCUGGGCAUCUUAAUUCUUGCUCUAUCGUGUUUAUGCAAAAAAACCACAAAAAAACGUACUGGGGUCACUGGUGAGCCCACCCACACUCAGCCAGAAUCCCCACUGUAGUCCCUCUUAACAAACAGCCCCUCCUCGCCCUCCCCGACUCCUCCCACUUCACAGUUUGUAUUUUGAUGCCAUUGGCCUCAUCAUGCCCUGGCUCAUCCCUGGUCAAGCCAGGACAUAGGGUGCUUCAGUGGGUCUGUCACCCUCCUUCCUUGAAGCGUGUAGCUUUUAUUUACUUACUUUUAAUCUCACCCUCCUCCUGUGCCAGCAGAGGCCAUUUCAGGGCCAAGGCACAGGGUGCUAAUUUGUGGUUCAGCACCAGUUUUCCCCAUUCCUUCCUCCCACUCGCCCCCAGCCAGGUGCCUGGGGAGACUUGAGCAGAUGUUUCAUUUUGGCCAGGCCGGUGGCCGAAAGCCAGGCCUCCAACGCACAGUGACCUCUGGCUUCCCGCUUCCCGGUCAGUUUUCCCAAAGAGGCAGAGAGGGGCCCUCCCCCAGCCAAAGUUCUCCUCCUGUUGCCUCCUCCCACCUGCUGUGGCCUGCGGGCUUUCUGAGGGGGACCAUGGAGGCGGGGCCAGGGGAUGUACAGGAUUUUUAUUUUUUGAUCAAGCC